AUGGAGAGAAAAAUAAACAGAAGAGAAAAGGAAUGCGAAGAAAAACACAGCAACUCCGAAGGCUCUGAGCAAGACAAGGACUAUAAAACGUCUCUGAUUACUCUGAAUGUUGGUGGCUAUCUAUAUAUCACACAAAAACAGACACUAACCAAGUAUCCAGAUUCUUUUCUGGAAGGGAUCAUAAAUGGAAAAAUAAUGUGCCCAUUCGAUACAGAUGGUCAUUACUUCAUAGACAGAGAUGGACUCCUUUUCAGACACAUUCUCAACUUCCUACGAAAUGGAGAACUUCUUCUACCAGAAGGGUUUCGAGAAAAUCAACUUUUGGCACAAGAAGCAGAUUUUUUCCAGCUUAAGGUACUCUCGGAUGCAGUGAAAUCAAGGUGGGAGAAGGAACAACUAGCAUCUCGAGAGACUACUUUCCUGGAAAUAACUGACAGCCACGACCGAUCACAAGGACUUCGAAUCUUUUGUAAUGCUCCUGAUUUCAUUGCAAAAAUAAAAUCCAGAAUUGUACUGGUGUCCAAAAGCAGGCUGGAUGGAUUUCCGGAGGAGUUUUCGGUAUCUUCAAAUAUUAUUCAAUUCAAGUACUUCAUAAAGUCUGAAAACGGUACACGACUGGUACUGAAAGAGGACAACACCUUUGUCUGCACCCUGGAAACUCUUAAGUUUGAGGCUAUAAUGACAGCUUUAAAAUGUGGAUUUAGACUGCUGACCAGUCUGGAUUGUUCGAAAGGGUCGAUUGUUCACAGUGAUGCACUUCAUUUUAUCAAGUAA